UCCUGCUUUUUCCCUUGUUACGUCACCGCUGGCUUCAUUAGCCAAACCGAGUCCCGCUCCUUUGGUUGAUCCAUCCCUGGCUUUACGAGUCGCUCGCCUCGGGAGCUGUCAUUUCAGUUGUCAUUCCCGGCUCUCAAGUUUAAUGCCUGAGCGGUCAACUGUCAAUCUCGCUAAUGGACAUGACUGCCCUUUGUUUUAGUCACUGAAAUGGACUACAGCCUGCGCAGGCGUGCCUGUUUGAACCGCCGUCUUGAGCGACAGAUGAGAAACCUACGUAGAAGCAGCGAAAGCAUCACUGCCGUACAAUAUGGCAGCGGCCUAUGCUUCGCGGAGCACAAACGUACGUUCCUUCUUGGUUUGGGCCGCAAACCCGGAAGCGCGCGGUUAUAAAUAACGGCCGGGAAGCGCAGACGCUGUGGCGAAGGAGUUCCGCGUGGCACAGGAAUUGGUGAAGUAGUGCAUGGGAGUAGAAAAAAAAUGUCCAGACAAACAACUGUUGCUGUUACUGUGGGUACCCUGUUAGGCAUUGCAGCAGGAGGGCUAGUUUUUUGGAAAGUCUUCCAACGGCGAAAAGACAAAGCAUGCGUUGGGCUUCAUCAAAGUGAAACUCUUGAGAAACAAGAAAAGGAAAGCUUCUCAGAAGAGGAUUUUCUUCCAUCUAUAGCGUCUUCCACAAUUCCCUGGGUGCAGAAGAUUGUUAAAGCAGAUGUGGUGGUAAUUUCUGAGGCAGAAAAAUGGAAAGAGGUGGAACCUUUACUGAAAAAAGAGCUGGAAUAUUGCCCAGUUCUUGGUAUUGACUGUGAGUGGGUCUCAGCAGAUGGAAAGAAGGCCAAGCCCGUUUCUCUCUUGCAAAUAGCUGCCGCCAGUGGUCUUUGUAUUCUUCUUCGCUUGACCCAUCUGACCAUUGAUGGACAGGUUCUUCCAAAGACGUUGCUUCACAUUCUAGGAAAUGGUAGCAUCCUAAAAGUUGGAGUAGGAUGUUGGGAAGAUGCCUACAAGUUACUUCGUGACUAUGGUGUAAUAGUCAAAGGAACUGUGGACCUCCGGUAUCUGGCUAUGAGACAGAGAAAGGCCCUUCCCCAAAAUGGACUCAGCCUGAAAUCUCUUGCUGAGAAGAUCCUCAACUACUCACUUGACAAGUCUUUCCAUCUCCGCUGCAGUAAUUGGGAGGUAGAAGAACUGGCACAAGAACAGAUUACGUAUGCUGCUAGAGAUGCCCAAGUGUCUGUAGCUCUAUUUCUCCAUCUCUUGGGAUUGUCCUGCAUCCUUCCUGCAGCAGCUAGUGAAGACGCUCUUCCAGUUUGGGAAAAGGCUCUGAAGAAGUGUCAGGGCUUGGUGGAUGUGCCCUUCAAAGGAAGAAACAGCCUUGGUGGCCUUGGAGAAGAUGAAAACAGAAGAGACCCAGAGCAAAAACGAAAGACUCCUAAAGAACAAUCUAGUGUGCAGUCCACAGUCAACCAACAAACGAAAGACCCUCGGAAGCACAAGCGAAAACCCCUGGGAGUAGGAUAUUCUGCUAGGAAGUCUCCCUUAUAUGACAACUGUUUCUUACAUGCACCAGAUGGACAACCUCUAUGCACAUGUGAUCGCAAGAAAGCCCAGUGGUACCUUGACAAGGGCAUUGGAGAGUUGGUGACCAUGGACCCAUUUAUUGUGAGACUGCGGUUUGAACCUUCUGGGCGUCCUGAAUCGAAAGUGGAUUACUACUUGACAGUCAAACAGAAUCUGUGUGUUGUAUGUGGCAAAACAGAAUCUUACAUCCGAAAGAACAUAGUGCCGCAUGAAUAUCGGAAGCACUUCCCUCUCCAGAUGAAAGACCACAGCUCCCAUGAUGUGCUCCUCCUUUGCACUGCCUGCCAUGCGAUCUCCAAUUACUAUGAUAACCAUCUCAAGCAGCAGCUAGCUGAGGAGUUUGGUGCCCCCAUUGGUUGUGAGGAAGGGGUCCGCCUCCUUGAAGAUCCCAUCCGCAGGCAGGUCCGUUCAGCAGCCAGGGCACUCUUGAAUGCAGACAAUCUGCCUAGUGCCAGGAAAGAGGAGUUGUUACAGGUGAUCAAGGAUUACUUUGAGUCCGAAACCGUUUCCCCAGAAAUGCUGCAGGAAGCUGCUGGGCUAGAAACCAGGAUUUUUAAUGAGAGCUAUAUGCCGCAUGGCCUGAAAGUAGUGCACCGUUUUGCUAAAGGGGGGCUGCUCUCCCUCAUGCAGCUGGAGAGACGCUGGCGUCAACACUUCUUGGAUGUUAUGCAACCCAAAUAUCUUCCAGAGCAGUGGUCUGUGGAUCACAAUCAUGACAAGUUGAUCCGAAAGUAUGGAGAAGAUUUUCAGGUUGAACUCUGCUAAAAAUGUGUGCUUCCAAAUGGCUAUUGAGGAUGACUAGACAGACUGGGUGAUGACCUUGGAAAAGAUGACCUGAGGGGUCUUCUUCUCAAUCAUGAGAAGUUGAUCAGAAAGUAUGGGGAAGAUUUUCAGGUUGAACUUUGCUAAAUAUUUGUGCUUCCAAAAUGGCUGUUGAGGAUGACUAGACAAACUGGGUGAUGACCUUGGAAAAGAUAACUGGAGGGGGUCACCUUCUCCUUUGGACUUCCAUAUUGACUGGGCAAAACCCUGCUCAAAAUAUCCUGUUGCUUUGGAAACGAAUACCUGUAUUAACUGACAACACUGUUAUAGAGAGAAAUGUUUUAUUUUUAAGCAAACUUUUAAUUAUGACUUGAAUGGAUAUUAUCUUGCUUCUGAGUCUACAAACCAUAUCUGUGGUGGGAGUAAGAUUGAGUAAAGAAUUUUGUUGCUAUGUAACAGGUAUGUCACUUCUGGUCCCAGGCAUCAUUGCGGACUGAAAUAUUCCUCUUUUAAUUUUCUUUGGGGACUAUGGAUAUAAUAGAUUACAACAAUACUGGGGGAUAUGCUGGAUUCGAUGCAGCUGGGGUCAGCAUCCCAGACCUAUGCACUACAGACCCCAUCCAUUUAGGGUCAGACAUUGCCCAAGCUGCUGACAGUGCUGCGCUGGGGAACCAAUGGCUCAGAUAUUUUUUGAUCCAUUUGAAAGCCAUUUGUGUACCAAACUGCCAAACCAUCACCAUUCCUUUGUUGGCAGGAUUAGGCACAUGCAUAUUUAUUUUCUAUAAUUGGUCUUGUCACCACAGAAAAUAUAUUAUCUAUCUUAACUUUAUCAAGCUUCAGCUUUUCUAAACCUCAUACAAUGAUCAGAAGAGCAGGAAUGUGUUUGUUUGUCUUACUUGGCUCCCACUCCAUCCUCUUCAUCUGUUUUUGCUUUUGGGAUACAAGUAUCAAUUGUGAGUUUCCUGCUCUUUGACUGGAAUUCUGCUGUUGUAGUACACUGAGAUCAUGAGAUCUUGAGGUGACAGUAGACUGAAGAAGGCCACAGGCACUCUGGCCAUUCAGGAAAUAAGGCAGUGCACCAGGUGCAUCUCAGAUUUUAGAUUUUGUCUUCCUUUCCUUACGGCCAUGGCAGGACCCUGGUAACAUUGCAACUGCUAGUGUAGCACUAAAACAAGAUUCUGCAGACUUCCGGUGCCAUUGAGAGCCCUUAGUGCAGAAGGUUCUAAAUCCCAUAAAGAGGCACAUGGUUAGAGCAAGCAGAGAGAUGUGCCUUCCAGUUGGGAAGCAGUGGGCCCACAGCACGGUCAACACAACCAGCAAAUGUACCUUUACUUACCCCUCACAUUAUUGUAAUCUCAAAAAGCAGAAUAAUGGUCCUCUCUCCAGAGAUUACCCUUCUCAAAAGGUGACAUAGGUUUACGUUGUCAACAAACUUUAUUCAAGGGUUUCACUUUGAAUGCAGGAUUGAUAAAAGAGAUUUCUUUGAUUUGUACUGUUGCUGCUGAACUUUUAUAAAAGCAUCAUAAAAUAAAUAUUUUACACCUUGGGAUGAGUUGCUGACAUGUGCCCUUUCACAUCUUAAUGGGAAAUGUUGACAAGGGCUCACUGGAAUGAUAUACUGUAUUUAUUUGAAUCUAACACUCACUUUUUUUGGCUAAAUCACCUUGAUAAAAUUAGGGUGCGCAUUAGAUUUGCGUAAUACAGUAAUCUUAGUGCUGAGCCAAAGCAAUAAGGGAAGCUUCUUCAGGAGCACCUGGAGCUCCUGUUUGAGGGAUAUCAUCUGUAAUAUAAUUGUCAUAGAUCAAAGCAAUGUAAUCCUGGGAUUUGUAGUUUGGUGAGGCAUCCGCACUCUUUGGCAGAGAAGGCCCCAGACCUUGUAAAACUACUGUCCUCAUGACUUCAUAGCAUUGAACCAAGGCAAUUAAAGUGGAUUCAUUCUACAGCAUAGAUGCACCCCAAGGCUUUCUUUUCCAUUGUUGGAAGCUUUGGUGCUCUUAACACUUUUGUGCAGGCAGCAACUGUAAUAGCCAUAUUACAAAGACUGCACCUUUUGGUGUUUCAUAUUACAUUCAUCAGUAAAGACUUUUUUUGGUUUCAGGGUUUUGAAAAUUGGGGUGCAGAUUAGAUUCGAUGGCUCAUUACACUCGAGUAAAUACGGGUAACCUGUCUAGGUCUGAAUACUUUGAUGAGUCUUCCACAGAUUGAAAGCAGGGUUCAACAUGAUGGGAAAUUGCCUACAAAAUAAACACACAUAGGUUUACUUCUUUUAGCACAUCAGGAUGAAGAUUAGAUCUUCCACAACCUUUCUAAUGACAAAAGUAAGGGCCUUUUUGGUUGCUUCUCUCAGAUUAUGAAAUGAUUUCUAAAUGAUACUGGGUAGGAAAAUAUUUCUUUAAUUAUGCAGGAAAGUGCUGCUGAGGAAGGGGCUUUUAAUGGACAGUUCUGUACUUUUCCCUUUUUUGGAUAUGUAUUAAAAUUGCUUCAACGUGGUUGUUUUAAUAUGAUUUAUUUAACUGUACUUUAUUAUUGAAACUUACUGUAGUUACAUUUGUAUUGGUUUUUAGCAGUAUUUGGAGAUACUCUUGUUUUCCAGUUCUGGGAGAAAAGUGAGAUAUAAUUUUAAAUGGGAGAUCUUUCAAUCCUGAGACCCUUAGCCUGUAAUCUAAAGUGAUACAGCCUAGACCAGUGGUUCUCAACCUGUGGGUCCCCAGAUGUUUUGGCCUUCAACUCCCAGAAAUCCUAACAGCUGUUAAACUGGCUGGGAUUUCUGAUAGUUGUAGGCCAAAACACCUGGGGACCCACAGGUUGAGAACCACUGACUUAGACCUAAGGUUAACACCGAAAUGUACAGAUGUUGACAGGUUGUUCAGGUUGAAGAGGAAAAGACAAACUGUGUUCAGGUUGAAGAGGAAAAGACAAACUGACCAGUUAUGUCUGGUUUAAAUAUAACAAUCCAUAGGAAUUUUACCUUAGCAUAACCAGGAGGUGCGGGUUCAUCUCUUACAUGGGAAGGCCUGUGGUAUGUGAGAUGUUUCCUGUGUUGUAGCUGAUUUUAGAUAAGAAAUAAUAGCCAAGAUCUUUAAAGUUGCAAGUGCAUCCUUGCAAUUGGAGAUUCUGUCUCUGUAGGCAACUGAUGGGAGAAAGUGCAGCACAGCAAAGCUUCCUAGACCCAAUGGUCCAGCUUUUUGUUUGAUCCCCAGCUUCUAUCCCAACCACAGAAUGUGAGAAAGGAGCAAAGUCAGGACCUUCUUACAGUGCUGACUGCAAAACCUGAAUGGUGCUAGAAUGGAAAAUUCUGUGGCAUUAGGGGGUGGCAUCAUAUCCAUGUUCAUGGUUACAUCCCCUGAAGCUAAACUGGCUUCAUGUUCUAAUUUAAAUUUACAGCCUUUAGUUUUGUAUUUGUACUUUUAACAUGGAUGCUGGUGGGUAUAGAUUUGAGCACAUGUUUUGGUGAUGCCACUAAAGUGGCCACUCUGUUUAGCUAUUCUGCAAGGAUUUAUUUAUUUCAGCCAUCUUGCAUAGAAUUCUGAGAUAGGCUCGGGAAAAUGUCAUUUCUCUACUUCAGGGUUUCUUAACUCUUAGUGAGAAUGGAAAGUGAUUGUGAGGCUAGCACUGCUAAUGCUGAGACUGCUAUUCAGUCAGGAAGAAAGCAGUGCAUCUUAUCAGUUGUCUGGCGUGUUGAUUGUGUACCCGAUAAACCGAGUACACUUGAUAUUUGAAGCAUGCCAGAUUCAUACAAGUUCUCAGCUCAGAGGCUGUGUUGAUAGCAUCUGAUGAGUCUUCCACAAAGAGAACUGCAGUAAGUGAUCUUGCAGGGCAGGUGGAAUGGGGAGAAAUGGCUUUUGAAGUCUUAACCAAUUUGACAGGGGAACUGUGAAGUCCAGUUCAUAUUUAUACACCUUAGGGAUUUAAAAAUGUGUUGUUUCCUGUUUCUGCUCGUCACUGAUGCAAGUUAAGUAUACCAUUUGGAAAUUUUCAAAUAAAAAUUCACUUCAAACAUGA